AUGAAGAGUCUUCCAAUCCUUAUGUUUCUCUGUGUGGCAGCUUGCUCAACUUACCCUCUGGAAGGAAGAGCAAAGGAUGAAGAUUCUAGCAUGGAUCUUGUUCAGCAAUAUCUAGAAAACUACUACAACCUUGCAAAAGAUGCAACACAGUUUGUGAGAAGAAAGGACAGCAGCCCUGUUGUUAAAAAAAUCCAAGAAAUGCAGAAGUUCUUUAAGUUGGAGGUGACGGGGAAGUUGGACUCUGACACCUUGGAGGUGAUGCGUAAGCCCAGAUGUGGAGUCCCUGACGUGGGUCACUUCAGUACCUUUCCUGGCUCGCCGAAGUGGGGAAAAACUCACCUUACUUACAGGAUUGUGAAUUAUACACGGGAUCUGCCAAAAAAUGCUGUUGAUUCUACCAUUAAGAAAGCUUUGAAAGUCUGGGAGGAGGUGACUCCUCUCACAUUCUCCAGGAUUUAUGAAGGAGAAGCUGACAUAAUGAUCUCUUUUGCAGUUAGAGAGCAUGGAGAUUUUAGCCCCUUUGACGGACCUGGCAGAGUCUUGGCUCAUGCCUAUGCACCAGGACCAGGGAUUAAUGGAGAUGCUCACUUUGAUGAUGAUGAAAGAUGGACAGAGGAUAAAACAGGGACCAAUUUAUUCCUUGUUGCUGCUCAUGAACUCGGCCAUUCUCUGGGUCUCUUUCACUCGACUAAUGCUGAAGCUUUGAUGUACCCACUCUACAACCCACUCACAGACCUGGCCCGGUUCCGCCUUUCUCAAGAUGAUGUGAAUGGCAUUCAGUCCCUGUAUGGUCCUCCCCCUGUCUCCCCUGAUGAACCUGUGGUGCCCACAGAACCCAUCCUUCCAACACCUGAGACACCAGGCAUGUGUGACCCUGCCUUGUCCUUUGAUGCAGUCAGCACUUUGAGGGGAGAAGUUCUGUUCUUUAAAGACAGACAUUUUUGGCGCAAAUCCCUCCAGACUCUCAGCCCUGGAUUUCAUUUGAUCUCUGAAUUUUGGCCAUCUCUUCCUUCAAGCAUCGAUGCUGCAUUAGAAGUUGUUAGCAAGGAUACUGUUUUCAUUUUUAAAGGGAAUCAGUUCUGGGCCAUCCGAGGAAAUGAAGUACAAGUAGGUUAUCCAAGAGCUCUCUACACCCUGGGCUUUCCUUCAACUAUAAGGAAAAUUGAUGCAGCUAUUUCUGAUAAAGAAAAGAAGAAAACAUAUUUCUUUGUAGAGGACAAAUAUUGGAGAUUUGAUGAGAGAAGACAGUCCCUGGAGCCAGGCUUUCCCAGGCAAAUAGCAGAUGACUUUCCAGGGGUUGACCCAAAGGUUGAUGCUGUUUUUGAAGCAUUUGGGUUUUUCUAUUUCUUCCAUGGAUCUUCACAGUUUGAGUUUGACCCCAAUGCAAAGAGAGUGACACGUAUUUUGAAGAGUAACAGCUGGUUUAAUUGUUAG